AUCCACGGUUGUUGACUUCGGCGUCAGGCUAGAAGCUCCAGCACUCACGUCAUGCCAUGGUGGAAUCCAUGGUCAUCAACGACAAAGGGUGACCAGAAGGAUGCGGAGUCGCUUCAGUCAAAAGCUACAAGGGUUUUGAAUUCAACAAGUGAGGCCGUCGGCGAAGCGACCGACUCUGCCCAAAGACGUCUUCAAGAUGCCUCUGCCUCUUCGACAUUCAAAGCCUUCGCUGAACCCCAGACGAUCAUAGCGGCCGCAAUUUUGACCACAGCUUCUCUUGGACUCUACAAAUUCUACAGAUCUUACCUGCGAAGAAUUCCUCAGGCAACAGGCAUUACUGCUGGCUUUCUGCGAAAGAGAAGUCUCGUUGGCAAGGUCACAAGCGUGGGAGAUGGAGACAACUUUAGGUUCUAUCACACGCCUGGUGGCAGACUUGCUGGCUGGGGAUGGUUCCCCGCCAGGCGGGUGCCCAAGGACAAGAAGGAGCUGAAAGACCAAACAAUACACCUUCGCCUGGCUGGAGUCGACGCCCCAGAGCUUGCUCAUUUUGGAAGGCCUUCACAGCCACAUGCGCAAGAGGCGCUGGAUUGGCUCACAGCAUACGUACUGGGCAGACGGGUCCGCGCCUAUGUGUACAAGAUCGAUCAAUACAACAGGGUAGUCGGAACUGCAUAUGUCUGGAGGGGACUUUUCCGGCGGGAUGUUGGUCUACAAAUGCUAAGAGCAGGUUUUGCCACGGUCUACGAAGCGAAGACGGGUGCGGAAUUUGGUAAAGGUCUCGAAGCCAAAUAUCGCAGCGCGGAAUGGUGGGCAAAGACCAAGAGAAAAGGCAUGUGGGCGGGAAGCAGAAAGGACUACGAAAGUCCUCGAGAGUACAAAACCCGAUAUGCUUCGACGCCACCGCCAGAUGAACCCAAAGUAUGAGACACGCGCGAAACUUCUUUAAUUGGGCUUUUAGCGAGGCGCUAUGGAUAUCGCCAUGAGAAUGUUUGAAGAUGCCAAAAGCAAAUGAUCAUUAAAAUGGCCUUGUAGACAGAUGGCUUCAGGACAAGGCUGAAAUCGGUCACGUGAUAGGCAGUCUGAUAUCUAAUCUUCGGCACGUCUUGUAGAUGUCAUGACUUCCU